AUGUCGUUGCCAUCCGAUAGCGAGCUGGUGGAACAAGUCCGCUUGAUCCUUGUCAAGGCUUAUGAGACAGUCAGUGUCGGACAGCAUACCAAGCGCAAAAUACGAGAAAUCCUCACCGACCAUUUUGGCGUCGAUCUGAAUUGCAUAAAAAAGAAGCUUUACCGCAUCAUCGAGGAGCAGAACGAAAUUGUGAGCGCCGAGUUCGACGUUCGAGACGACUAUGUACCUCAUACACAUUCCGAUGUCAAAGCCGACGUAUUUUCCAAGCCGAAAUCCUCUUUGAGAACCGAGGACGAUCGAGACCGGUCUGCUAAUGUCGGAUCGAAACGCAAUCAGCCCUCGUCUGACGUCGAACAAGACAACACGAAACACGAUGCCGAGCCUGACAAGGUCAUUGCUGCCAUUGCUGCUGCUGCUGCUGCUGCUGCUGCUGCUUCUGGCACUGCAAGACCAGAAAGUGGCUACAUGAGCCAAGAAUUCAGCGAGCUGGAAGACGACGCGCCGCAGUUGCGCAAGAAAGCCAGAAGGACCACCUCGAAAUCAGCAGCAUCGACGAAGCGAAACGCCACCGCUUCAUCCAGCAAAGCCGGCAGCGGUGAAGCCGAGCAACGUCUCGCACGACUGAAAAAGCUCGUUACGGAAUGCGGAGUACGCAAGCAGUGGAAGAAGCUAUACCUCGACGCUGGUGUUUCGGAGUCCGAUCUUCGUGGCCAGUGCAACAUCGUCCAAGGUGUGCUGAAAGACCUAGGUAUGACAGGCAAAGGGUCUCUGGAGCAGGCCAAGAAGAUACGAGCGCAACGAGAGUUUGCAGACGAGCUGGCCGCAUUGCAAGAAAAUCAAGUCUUGCACAGCGCGCGCCGGCAAAGCAGCACUCGACGUGGCCCAACUCACACCCUCACCAACGCCAACAACGCCCAAAAUUCAUCAUCUCAAUCCACCAACUUGCAACACCACUCCUCGUUCAAGAAAAUCUCCCGUAAAAUUCCCCUCUCCGACUCAGACGACAGCCAAGACCAUCCUCCAGCACAAACUAAAGCCUUUAAAUCAUCCCUCGCAAGCUUCGCCGCCGACCUCAACUCUGACUAG